AAUUUUAAUUUUUCUCCCACAAACAUCACCUCAAAAAAGAAAACCUUUCUCAGCGAUAACGUCGAUAAUCCAAACCAUUUUCUAUUCGAUAGUGGUCAAACAUCUCAACGUUUUUUUUUUUUUUAAUAAUACUGAGUUGGAAGCGUUAGGUGGUGUGAAGAUACUGCAUGAUCCACUUGAAUCACCUCAAACUCAAAAACUCAACAACCCCUCUGCAACUUUUCAUUCAAGUUCCAGAUUUGAUAGAGGAGGGAAGGAGAUGGUGAAGAGUGUGAAGGAAUUGCAAGUGGAAGACUUGCUCAAUGCAGGGUUGACAGUAACAGAAGCCAAUGAAUUGUACCGUGUUUUGAGGGAUAUUCUGUCUCAAUGUCCCUCCGACACCGACAACCACCGCUCACUCAUAUGGCGCCACCUUGUCACUCGAAAACUGCUCAAACCAUCAUUUCCACACUCCUUGCAUCAUCUUCUCUACCAUUCUGUUUAUCACUCUCAACACACUUCCCUUCCACUCUAUUGGUUCCCUUCUCUGGACACCUCCAAACGCACCAACCUUGGCCGUUUCAUGGAAACUCAUGCCCCUCAACUUUUAGGACCUUCCUACAAAGACCCUAUUUCCAGUUAUCGCCUCUUUCACAACUUUUCCGUUCAACACCCUCAGCUCUACUGGUCCCUUCUUCUGAAGGAACUUUCUGUCUCCUUUGUUGAACCUCCCAAGUCUAUUUUAGAUACUUCUGACCCUUCCAGACAUGGAGGCACCUGGCUUCCCGGUUCUGUCCUCAACAUUGCCGAUUGCUGUCUGCAACCCAGUUCACAUCCCUACAAACCAGAUGACAGUAUAGCCAUCGUUUGGAGAGAUGAAGGUUUUGAUGAUUCCGAGGUUAACCGUAUCACGCUUAAACAACUCCGACAACAAGUAAUGAUGGUAGCUAAAGCAAUAGAUGGCACAUUCUCAAAGGGAGAUGCAAUAGCAAUUGACAUGCAAAUGACAGCAAAUGCCGUAAUCAUCUAUUUAGCCAUUGUCCUAGCAGGAUGCGCUGUAGUCUCAAUUGCUGACAGUUUUGCACCAAAAGAGAUUGCAACUCGCCUUCGUGUUUCCAAAGCAAAGGGUAUCUUCACACAGGAUUUCAUAGCCAGAGGUGGCAGGAAAUUUCCUUUGUACAGUCGGGUCAUUGAGGCAGCUGAAUGUAAAGUUAUUGUGCUACCUGUGGCGGGUGAUGAUGUAGGAGUUCAAUUAAGAGAGCAAGACUUAUCAUGGAAAGGUUUUAUCUCUUCUGCAAAUCAGACUCAGAACUCCAGGUCAGAUUAUUAUUCUCCAAGCUAUCAAUCAGUUGAUUCUGUCACUAAUAUACUAUUCUCUUCUGGAACCACGGGGGACCCAAAAGCUAUUCCUUGGACUCAACUUGCACCAAUACGAAGUGCUGCUGAUGGAUGGGCUGCCAUUGAUGUUCAAGCUGGAGAUGUCUACUGCUGGCCUACAAACUUAGGAUGGGUUAUGGGACCAACAGUAUUGUAUCAUUGUUUUCUACUUGGUGCAACUUUGGCUUUGUACCAUGGCUCUCCUCAAGGCCGAAAUUUUGGAAAAUUUGUUCAGGAUGCAGGUGUAACCAUUUUGGGAACCGUUCCAAGCUUAGUAAAAACUUGGAAGAAUACAAAGUGUAUGGAGGGCUUGGAUUGGACAAAGAUAAAAACAUUUUGUUCCACUGGAGAAACAUCAAAUGUUGAUGAUGAUCUAUGGCUUUCUUCAAAAGCUUAUUACAGUCCAAUUGUUGAAUUGUGUGGAGGCACUGAGCUUGCGUCUAGCUAUAUUGCAGGAAGUCCCCUCCAACCUCAAGCUUUUGGAGCAUUUAGCACAGCUUCAAUGACAACUGGUUUUGUCAUUUUUGACGAAAAUGGAGUUCCAUAUCCAGAUGAUGUUGCUUGUGUUGGGGAAGUGGGCUUAUUUCCUCUCUCUCUGGGAGCAUCUGACAGAAUUCUUAAUGCUGAUCAUGAGAAGGUUUACUUUAAGGGAAUGCCCAUUUAUAAAGGAAAGGUUCUUAGGAGACAUGGAGAUAUAAUCAGGAGAACAGUUGAUGGAUAUAUUGUUGUACAAGGGAGGGCUGAUGACACCAUGAAUCUUGGUGGAAUAAAGACAAGUUCUGUAGAAAUUGAGCGUGUCUGUGAUGGGGCUGAUGAAUGCAUUUUGGAGACAGCUGCAGUAGGUGUGGCAACUACAAAUAGAGGACCAGAACAACUUGUUGUAUUUGUUGUUUUAAAGAAAGGAUACAAUUCCACUGCAGAAACUCUAAAGAUGAAAUUCACUAAAGCUAUUCAAAGCAACCUUAACCCUCUGUUUAAGGUGACUCUCGUUAAAAUUGUGCCAGAGUUUCCUCGAACAUCUUCCAACAAGAUCCUGAGGAGAGUGCUGAGGGAUCAAAUGAAGCAUGAGCUAUCAGUUCAGAGCAGACUUUAGUGAAACAAUUUUCUCAGAAAACCAGAACAGACACCAACGUUCAUGAUAGACAGUUCUCGGAAUUGGAAGCAUGAAGAAAUCACUUUAAUAUAGCGUAGACUAAGAAAAUAAGUGCCAGUGAUUGAUGAAAAUAUAAAAGGUAUAUGAAUAUAGAUAUUUUAUACAACCAUUCAAUAAGUAAAUAUGGUAGUAGAAUUACAACCAUUUAAUGCUGUGUACACAAUUCACCUUUAUAUGAUAAAAUAAAGUCUCUCAUUAAGAUGCA